AUGGACAUGUCCCAAGCACCAGAGGGUAACCUCAUCCCCAGAGGCGCACUCCAGCCCGCCGGCAACGCAACACCGCUGAGCGGCUUACUUGCGACAUGGGCCGCGGUGACCGGAGACGACGCGCCACCGCGCAGCGCCGACCUUCUUCUCGCCGAUGACACCAGGAUCUGGGGACCGCCGCGGCAGCUCAGGCAGCUCUGGGAUCGCCUGCGGCUCGCUACAAUCUGUCAGCUGUGGGCAGCAUAUCAGCGCGGCCGCCACCAGCCAGAUGCGGCGGCGAUCACCCCCGGAGCGGUUGCGGCUCGCAUCCUGUCUUCCUGCAAGAAGGCCCUGCUUGCCGAUUGGCGGCUCGCGACCGUCAACGUCCGGCAGACAGCAGGUGUGCUCAGCGACUGGCUUCGCGGACGCGACCCGAUGAUCACCAGGGAGCAGUUUGCGGCGCGAUGGUGCCACCGCGCGGUCCUCUGCGCGCUGGAGGAGCUGCCGGGCGCGCAACCAGUCAUCCACUGGAGUGCCCAGCAUCCCGUGCCGCUUCCAGCGUGA